AUGAUUUAUUUAUUUAAAUUAAUUAAAGAUAAAAAAAUGAAUAUACCCAAAUUGUCAAACAAUAAUCAAUCAAUUUGGCUUAAAAUGAAAUCUCCAUUUGGUCAAGAUCAAUAUAUACCUAGAAUAAUUGAUAUAACAGCUGAUCAUAUUCAACAAUAUAAACAAAAAUCGAGACGUGCUAAAUUUUGUUUAUUCUUCCUUCUAACAGCUUUAUUAUUAUUAUUAUUAUUAUGUUCAAUUCUUCUUCCAAUAUUACUUAUUAAACCUAAAUCACCAAUUAUACCAGUUAUAAUAACAAUUAAUUGUAUAUAUCCAAAUGUUGAAACUCCAAUGGGUAGAUGUGUCAAUAUAUUAAUUGAUUCAAAUAAUUGUGGAUCAGUUGGUAAUGUCUGUCCAAAUAAUUUGAGUUGUUCAGCUGGUGUAUGUAGUAAUGUACCUGGUAUACAAUUAGAUAAACCAAUAACAAUUUGGUCAUCGGCUAUAAAUGGAUCAGCCGAUGAUCAAAUGUAUAAUGUUACUCUUCCAUGGUAUAUAACUCUAUAUAAUACAACAACAAAUAAUGUCAUUGUUACUUCAGAUGGUGUCCUUUGUCUGGGAGGUUGUUCAACAAGUUAUACGGAAAGCAGUUUACCUGCAAAUGUUUUUCCUGGUGCAACAGUUCUUCCAUAUUGGGAUGAUUUAUAUAUUUAUCCAAAUACAUCUCAAGGUAUUUAUUAUCAAUCAGAAGGAAAUUCUCCAAAUAGAAAAUUAAUAUUUGAAUAUUAUAUGAGUCAUUAUAUUGAAAUAAAUCAAUAUUAUCAUUUUCAACUUUCUUUUUUUGAAAAUAAUCCAGGUGUUGUUCAAUUUAAAUAUUUUGAUGCCACUGAUCAAGGUGAUACAUGUACUAUUGGUGUUCAAGCUUCAAAUAAUGGUCCAUUCAUUAUGUAUUCAUAUGAUCAAGCCAAUUCUGUACUAACAAAUAUGACUCUUACUUUUGAUACAAAUCAAGGAAUAUAUUAUAGAUCUUAA